CGGACAGUAACACCUCCUGCCCUAACCUAUUGCCGGAGCAUGAUUAAGGAGUGGGAAAACCACUUCCAGCAGUAUAAAAGCCAGAGAUGUGGAUAUCCAAAGGCUCAGGAAGGGACCACAGCUGAGGGAGAGCAAAAUAGCAGAAAGCCAUCCAGGAUCAGCAGUGACAGCCAUCCCUGGGUAGUUCAAGAUUUCCCACACCACAAAGAGGACCUCUGUACUCCAUCACCUUUGGGGAUAUGGACGGCAUUCUACAAAUCAGAUCCACGCAUUGCCCUUGGAAAAUACUCCCCAAUGGAACAAGAAAUUCAACAUCUCGGUGGCGUUCAUACCAGAGCAGCAAGAAGAUAUUUGGUUGAAAAACAAUACAAGGAGUGGAGGAUGCUGAGGGAACUCCAGAAGCAGUCUGCAGACUUCAAAAAAGCCACAGAGUUGGGAAGAGACCCCUCCUUUUAUGCUGUGUGUGGACCCCCAGAAAAAAUAUGGACAGCGAAGGUGACUGUGCCUGCUGAAGAGUUCCAAACGCCGCACCGAGAGGUGACAGGCAUCAAGAAGCACAUCAAAAGAAUGCAGCUGGCACGAGCCCUGGAAAACAAGCAGUUUUCUACAGAUAUUGGAAGGCUCAGGAGCGCCGCACUGCACUCCGGAGCAGAGCUGGGUUCCCCCAAAACAGACAAGUUCAGUGAAGAGGGAGAGGAUGAUGACACGGAUAGCAAUGAUAAAGCCAGUCAGGGGGAGAAAGGGGAGGCCAAGUUUGAACCCACAAAUAAACGAGAAGUCACACUGAAUGUGGCUUUCAAGUCUGAAGAAACCAAAAGUUGUGUAGUAUGCCAUCGGAAUGAUCGGAAAACCUUCCUCCCAGUGAAGAGACCGGAGCGGCGGAUCACGGGCCUCACAAACAGAAACCUCUUCCCUAUCACUGGCUUUCCUGGAGACCUGAUGCUCAUGAACCAGGAUUUUGUAUCAAAGGGAAUCCACCCGAGUGACGCCAUUAAAAUCUACUGGCUGCCGGAAGAGGAUCUCUUCAAGGAUCGCAAGCAAAGGCCUGCUUGCUGCCCACAUUGAAGCUCUGCCUAGUCCUGAGCAUGUGCAAGUGUACUGUUCUUCAUGUCUCCUGCACAGUAUACCCCAGGCUCCUUCCCCCUCUGCUGUUCUUUUGAGCUCCUUGGCUCCUGCUAAGUCUCUCCAGUGUUUCCAAGAUGAGACCCUGUGGCGGAGGCUUCCUUAUUUCCAGAAGCUCUUGAGUUUUAGCUACCACCAUCAUUAGUUCUCAACAAUGGGCUUGCCCCAACGGGCUGGGUUGUUUUUGUGACCCUGGGUAUUCAUUGAAAAACUGAAGUUGUCCAUCAAACACUGAGCCCUGGCAAUUAGAAAGCAAUACAAAUGUGA